AUGCUUUCAUUAACAACUACCAAAGGAUGUUGGACGUGCAAAGAUCGGAAAAUCGCCUGCGAUAAGCAUAUUCCAGGAUGCAAAAAUUGUCUGCGAUCGAAACGGAGAUGCCUAGGCUACGGCAUAAGACUUUCUUGGCCGCGGAAAGAUGACCGGAAACGAGCUCUAGUAUCGAACAAUCCGGAUCGGGAGGGAUCGGUGUGCACAUUGCUUCACCCAACGGAGUUCGUAAACGUCUAUGCAUCUGAUGUCAAUAUGUACUUCAGCAUGCAUAACUCUGGUCACAAUGUUGCUCGAUUGCUUACUUCAGCAAACAAUUCAUCCAUCCAAAAUCUGGUCUUUCGAAUGUCCUUCACGGACACCUCUCCCUCUUCUAACGCUAUUCUUUAUGCAGUCUAUGCACUAUCAAGUCAGCAUCUCUUAGAUCACAGUCGAGCGCUAGAGUACAAGUCAUUGGCGAGGUCUGCAGUAUGGACCUCUACUUCCCAGCCUCCAAGCAUCCAAAAUACUCUACAAUGUAUAGUUGCAGUUCUCUUACUAGCUCUUUACGAGAGCUUCGCCAGUCCCAACGCAUCCCAAGCUUGGGCCGCUAGUAUCUGUUAUUGCAAAACGGCGACAAUCGCUACUUAUGCCUUAGAUAAGUCAUAUGAGGGCGACCUUGCCUUAGUACUUGACUGGGUGUACUACUACGAUGUUCAUUCGAAGUUUGCUGUGCGUCACUUUGAUCGCCGAGUAGUGAGCAUGUUAGAUUGUGCAAGAAAGAAGAAUCUCCACUAUGUGGAGCUUAAUUCGCCCUGCAAAACACGCGUGGUGCCGACGUUAGGAUGUUCACUCGAGGUGUUGAACUCAAUAUCAAGCGUAAUCGACACCGUUCUAGAGAUGGAAAUAGAUAAUGAUCCUCAUGUUGACGAACUUGAUAAACUGGAACGGCGUCUCAAGUUUACAAAACAAGAGUUUGUGGAAUCACCUGACGAUGUCCUAGAAUUUAACCCGCAAUCUCCAAAGAUUGCGGAAUUGUACCGGCUUGCAGGUCUAAUAUAUCUCCAUCGAGCAGGACGGAAAACGAUCACAGUGAAACAUAUAUUGCAAGGGCUCGUGGAAGAAGCAUUCACAGUCCUACAAGCUCUAGAGACGUGCGAACGGUCAUUCCCACUCUUCAUCGUGGGCUGUGAGGCUCGAAGCGACCGCCGAAGAGCUAUAGUCUUGGGAAUCCUAAAGGCUACACAAAUCCAAUUCGCCGAAUCGAACGUACUUAGGGUGCGCGCAUUUAUCGAACGCUUCUGGGCGCAGGAUGAUCUCGAUCCUAAUCAAGAUAUCGAUUAUUCUUCCAGAGUCACCGCCGUACUGAGCCGUACAGACUGUCUACCUGUUUUUUCUUGA